AUGAUACGAGGUAUUUUACUGACCACGCAAGGUUUAGGCGUCGCAUUGUGGCUUUGUCCGAAGAAAUCAUCUAAUGUAUAUGACAAGUUGGAAACUGUCAUGAACUCCUUAAGCACAGUUUUCCCUGGUCAGCCCCCAAAGUUUGAACCACAUGUUACAAUUACAACCAAUAUCGCACUCGACUUAGAACAUCCAAAGGAUGAUGUUGAUAGGAUACUAUCAGCGUGUUGCAUAGCCCUUGAGUCUCUUCCUAGAAACGGUUCAGAUCGGGAGUGGGUCCGCUUGGGUAGUGUAGACACUCAGAGGAAAUAUUUCAAGAAACUUUACUUCCAAGUACUUCGAAACCCUACUUUGGAUUCCUUUGCUAGGAUUGUUCGGGAGCUUUUUGUUAUAUUACCCGAGAAGGUAGAACAAGAACAGAAAAUCAAAAACCCACAUUUGUUCCAAAAAGACUCUUCAGGCAAUCUUGUACGGAAGCGGAAAUCUGUUCUGAAGAAAGGUGGCAACAAAGAGGAACCUGUGGAAGUAGCCAUUGAUAUUCAAAGAUUGCAACAAGAGCUGGCAGUUGAAGCUGCUCAAUGGUCCACACAAGAAUAUGACCCACAUCUUUCCCUAGUUUACAGUGACUUACACCCCAUUGAUAAUGCCCUCUGGCAUACUAUAAGGUCAAGAGUGCUGGAUUAUUUGUCAAUCGAUGACUGUGACCUGAAGGAUUGGAAUUUGGAAGGAAAUGGUGUUUCAUGGGAAGGUGGUGUCCUAAAGUUGGUUUACUGUGAGGGAAACGUGAACGAAUGGGCAGUCUUGGGCUCUGUAGAUUUACACAUGUGA